AUGGCAGCGACCAAAGUACGAGGGUUGGUGGCUGCGCUGAACUCAACGGGGCGGUUCGAGUACAAGAGUCCAGAUGCAGUGGUGGACUUCCUGGUCGUAGGCGGAGGUGUUGUAGGCUUGGCGGUUGCCCAGCGACUAUCUGAGCGUUUCCCGACGAAAUCAACAUACCUAGUUGAGAGACACCCGCAUGCUGGCGAAGAGACAAGCUCUCGCAACUCAGAAGUUGUACACGCUGGACUGUACUAUCCUCCAGAGUCGCUCAAGACGCAGCUAUGUUUGCGAGGCAGGCACCUCAUGUACGAGCGCUGCGACAAAUAUAAUAUUCCCUACCGAAAGACUGGCAAACUCGUAGUUGCACACGAGCACCAGCGCGCGUACGUCGAGAGCCUCUUCGCAAAGGCCAGACAAUUACCAUGGCCGAAGCACUCGCCGUCUCAUGAUGGUGAAGACCAAGUCCUUCCCGUCUCGCUUAUAAGCGGCGCGCAAGCACGCGAACUUGAGCCAGACCUUUCACCGGACAUAACUGCUGCGUUGUGGAGUCCAGAGACAGGCAUUGUCGACUCUCAUUCUUUCAUGGAAAGCCUAGAAAAGGAUAUAUCAGAAUCAGAAGGAGGCGAGCUGGUAUUUUCCACUCGAGUCGUUCGUGUAGACCCGUACAAGAGCGAAGAGUCUUCCGGGCUGAGCCCAGAAGAGGGCUGGGUAGUUCAAACUGUCACCGAGAAUGCCGAGCAAGGGGAUUCUUUGCUCGCCCGCACCUUGAUCAACGCGUCUGGUCUCUCUGCCAAUCUCAUUCCAAAUUCCUUGCUGCCCGAGGCAUCACGCAUACCCAUGUUCUUCGCCAGGGGCUCAUACGCAGCUUACAGCGGACCAGGCAUAUCUCGAAUUAAUCGGCUCAUAUACCCAUGCCCUGAAACCGGUCCGAACAAGCACGCAUUCCAAUCGCUCGGAACGCAUCUGACCCUUGACCUGCAAGGCAAAUUGCGCUUUGGGCCAGACCUGGAGUGGAUAUCACCGCCCUCCGACGCAUCAGAAUACGAUUUUAAUGAGGAGAAUGCGGACUUUUGGCGGAAUCAUCUCACACCCAGCGAUUCCAGGCUGGAAGAGAUGUACAGAGCGGUAACUGAAUAUCUUCCAGGGGUAUCAUUUGAUGGAUUCAGACCUGACUAUGUUGGAGUCCGUCCCAAGUUGGUGCUAUCUGGCUUCCAGGACUUUGCUAUUCGGAAGGACUAUGCUGAUGGAAGUGGGAGAGGACUUAUGGUUAGCUUGAUGGGCAUUGAGAGUCCCGGCCUGACGUCUAGCCUUGCUAUCGCUGAACACAUCGUAGAUGAUGUCAUUGAGCCAGAACAUAUCUCACAGUAGAAGGUAGUGAUAUAUAUAGUCACUUGGCUCCAUAACAAGUGGUCUAUGGACGCGCCUCGCCUCGCGUUAUAACCUUCGGCUCCCAAGCUUCAAUCUUGGGCUUCACCGUGUUAUACGACCGAUAGGCACCUCUCGUACCCGUCA